GCUUCUGAUAAGGGGGGGUUACACGACAGCGAGGAGUAAGCAAAGGGGAGAAACCCGCGGGUCUUCCAAGAAUAACUGCAGUGGUGUCUUCGGGUUCAUCUGUGGGACGUGGUUGCCUUCAGGUUCACAUUAACCGCCUCGUUUCUCCGUCGUUACCCAAAGCCUUACUUACCUUGUCCCUCCCCCCCCGUCCCUGCGUUGGCAGAUCACGACUACCUAAAUAUGGAUGUCGUUAUCGUGGGUGCCGGUGUCACCGGUCUGACAGCAGGCAUCUCGCUCCGUCGCACCGGACACAGGGUGACCAUAUUUGAGAGAUCUGCCCUCAAUAAUGAGGUCGGUGCGGCAAUCAACGUACCACCAAACGUCGGUCGUUUUCUGCUGCCGUGGGGCCUGGACCCCAUCCGUGCCCGGUUCGUGUCGUCCAAGGGCAUGUAUUUUGUGUCGCACUCGACUUUUGACGAACAGUCCUUCCAUGAUCACUCCCGUAACACCGCCUUGUUUGGCGCCCCGCUAUACUACGCACACCGAGUUGACCUGCAUGAGAGUCUCAAGCGCCUGGCAACUGAUCCGGACGGGCCCGGGGUGCCUGUCAAGAUACAUCUCAAGUCCGAAGCGACCGGUUAUGAUUCCGACACUCCCUCCAUAACCCUCAGCAGCGGCACUGUCAUCGCCGCCGACCUCGUCAUCGCUGCCGACGGGGUGCAUUCUGUCGCCGUCGAGGCCGUACUGGGCAAGCCGAAUCCCCCGCAGCCGGCCAACCACGCCAACUGCUCCUAUCGCUUCCUCAUCCCGACGGCCGAAUUGGAUGCCGACCCGGAAACCCGCUUCUUUGUCCACGGUCCGCAGGCUCUGGGCGCUAGGAUAUUUGCUCAUCCCGAGGGCCAGCGGAGAAUUGUUUCUUACCCGUGUCGAGACUAUGAAGUCAUCAACUUUAUCGGCAUCUGUGUUGACAAGGAUUUCAUUUCCAAAAGAGAAGACUGGCAUGCCUCUGUCGACAAGUCCAAACUCCUCAAAGCGUUUGAAGGCUUCCAUCCUGGACUCAUCGCCGUCAUGAAGUACGCAUUGCGGUGGAUAAAUGACACAAUCGGUCCCUUUUUACCUCGUUCUUUCCUAAUGGACACUGAUUCUGUAUUCGGUAAACGAAACAGGAAAGCUAAAGACAUCAAGCGCUGGCCGCUCUUAUAUCGCCCUCCCGUCCCGACUUGGCAUAGGGGCAAGAUGGCCCUCGCUGGUGACGCAGCUCAUCCCAUGUUGCCUCAUCACGGCCAGGGUGGCGCACAGGGUAUGGAAGAUGGCCUGGCAAUCGGCCUCGUCUUCUGCAGUUUGGCGGACCGCUCGCAGAUCGAGGAACGCCUUGCCAUCUACGAGAAGGUCCGACGGAAUCGCGCCUCCUCGAUCCAGAUGCUGAGCAACUUCGGGUUUGACGAGGCGGUGGACGGGGGUGUCGCCGACUAUUUGGAGGGAACCGCUGUACCCAAGAACGCAGGGGACAUGAUCAAACUAGCUUAUGAGCCAGAUGUGGUGCAGCGGACUGUUCAGCUCAUGACUGAGUUCGACCCGAGCUUCAAGGUGCCCGAAGGGUUCUUCGCAACGGAGUUUUAGGCGAAUGAAAAGGAAACCAGUAGUUGUGGUUAUCUGUCCCUCCAUAUCUGGUACCUUUAGCAGGAAAGCCCGUCAAGCUUGGUGCGUGUCGACUCGAGGAGCAACAACCUGGUAUUGGCCCCUUGAGGAUCUGCCGGAUGACGACGACUAUCUUCGUAGCCUGUCAAGAAAAUACCGU